UAACAGUAAAAAGCUGUAAAUUUCAGCGACAGUAUAAUAAUGUUAAUUUGACAGUAACAUAAAGGCAACCCUGCUGCCAGUUCUUUACUGUUAUUUGACUGGGAAAUUCUCAACAGUGUACGCUUAUACUGUAUAUUGCUUGUCCAAAAUCCACCAUUAUUCCUGUAAUAUUGGCCACUCACGGUGUGCUGUCAGUAUUACAUAACCUCCUGUUCUCUUCUUCCUAUCUGAGCCCACAGCGCCACCGUGAGGCCAAGACGCGCAGUGAUGGUGCUGGUGCUGGUGAAGCAGCAGCAGGGCUGGGCAGCGGCUUCUCCGGAGCAGCAGCAGCAGAGCUGUUCAUAAUAAGCCUCCUACUAUCGUGAUGCUGAUUGUCCGUAGAGCACCUGCAGGAUGCGUUAAGGGUCAAAGGUGAGCUAGCGAGGCAGAGAUGAGUCUGACUUCCUGGUUCCUGGUGAGCGGCGGGGGGACGCGUCACCGUCUCCCCAGGGAGAUGAUCUUCGUGGGGAGGGACGACUGUGAGCUCAUGCUGCAGUCCCGCAGUGUGGACAAACAGCACGCUGUAAUCAACUAUGAGCUGAAUACAGACGAACAUAAAGUAAAGGACCUGGGCAGCUUAAACGGGACAUUUGUCAACGAUGUCAGAAUACAGGAGCAAAUAUACGUCACGCUGAAAAUUGAGGACAAGUUGAGGUUUGGAUACGAUACCAACCUGUUCACUGUGGUCCGAGGAGAGCUGCAUAUUCCGGAGGAGGCUCUCAAGCAUGAGAAGUUCAGCAGCCAGCUGCAACUGAACCAGAAGAGACCUCCAGAGGGGGAAUCUGCGGCGAAACUCCCAGAGGCACCAGCACCAGCGUGUGAGGCAGCCGCUGCCGCCGCCGCCAAGCCCCCCGAGACCAGCAGGGGGGAGGAUAAGACGACAGGGGACGCAGCAGCAUUGCACAGAAUCACGCCCCUCUAUGGCCAGCCUGCAUGGUGGGGAGAUGGAGACCCUGACGGCAAGCAUCCCGGGAGGCCUGAGGAGAAGAGCUCAGAUCGUAAGCGAGAGAAAGCUGAAACAGACACCAAGAAGAGUGCAGAGGUCCCAAAGUCUACCCCGCAAACAACUUCCAAUCAGGAGCCUAGAUACUUUGAGAUCCCAACCAAAGACACUUCCUCUGCAGGCAAAGUGAGCGAUGAAGCCCCCUCACGAGAACAAGAGGCCGGUGCGUCUUCUGCCGCGGAGCCCAUCCAAGGCCACGCCUCCUUCACCAUUGAGUUUGACCCCGGGGCGGCGCCAGGUAAAGCGACCGUCAAAGAUCGAGUGGCAAAGGUGGGCCCGGAGACCAGGCCACGUCCUAAAAGGGCUGCCGGGGAGGAGCUGAGUCCACUUCAGACGGCCAUGGUGGCUGCCGAGGUCAAAGUUGCUGACUGGCUGGCACAGAACGAGCUGCCGUUGGCUCUGAAAGACACGGUUGCAGAGGAGGACGGGGAAAGCGUGAAGAGUGAUGUGCCUGUACAACUGAAGAGUCUUAAAGGCAGUAAACAUGAGGACGGUACUCAGAGUGACUCAGAGAACGCACUUGGAGAGCAGCGCAGGGCUGCAGCAAUGGAGGAACGCUCCUGGGGGCUGUGGGGCGGUGCAGGGAUGAAGAUCAGAGAGGUUCGCGCUAACGUACCAGAGGGGCUCUUUGCAGAGGAGGACAGUCCCGCUCGCCGUCGCAAGUCCUCGACUUCCAAAUUGGCAAGUGGAUUCGUGGAGAGGCGACGUGGCUCGGCACCACAUCAGGAGCAGAGUGGCCGUGAAGAGUGCUAUCACCACGGGGAUGAUUAUAGUGACAGGGGGACCUAUACCAUUGAGCUGGAGAAUGGAGAUCACGAGGAGGAAGAGGCUAGGAAAAUGAUCGACAAGGUGUUUGGUGUGGAUGAGCAGGAGGGUGUGUGUGUGUCCAGGUUGGGGGGCGCCGACCAGAGAGAGAGGCUCACCGCACAGAGGUCUGGUACCGGAGACCGAGGAAAGCCUGGACGCAUGGAGACAGAGGUCAUAACUGAGGAACUGAUGGUGGGUGGUCCUCGAUGGGUCUCGCAGUGGGCCACUCUGGCUGCCAGUCACAUUAGGACAGACCCUGAGGGAUCAGGAGGGGAGAGUCAUGUCAUGCUCACAGAGGAAAGAGCUGAAAUAAGUGAGUCUAGCCACUCAGCCUCCUUUGCCUCGUCUGGUUACACAGAGCGUAAGAGGAGAACUCUGCCACAGCUGCCUGGUGAGGAGCUCGCUUUAGGAAGGAGGACCCCAGGCGCAGGCCUGCGUACAGAUAUGGGGGAGAAACAGGACACAGAGCUACAGGAGAAGGAGAGCCAGGGGAAGAUGGCCAGGGGAAAGACUCGGCCCGGUCAUGGAUCUGGAGGUGUGGGCAGUCACGGCGGUAGCCCCAGUCGCUCCUCACCAGCCAAGUCACAAGACAGCGCUGGCGGGAGAUCAGGCCAGUCAGGUGUGUUGGCCAAGCUCCCCCCUCGUCCACUGACUAACGGGGAGAAAAGAAUGGAGGAGGCACGGAGGAGGAAAAAGGAAGAGGAGAAGGCUAGGGAAAGUAGUGGGAAACCACUGUUCAGACAGGAGAGUUUUACCGUGGAGAAACCGAGCGCCAACAUUGAGCUCAUUCCUCGUAUCGAUGGGCUCACAGGCUGCAGAACUCAGAGUAGGGAGACUGGCGUUGACGGCUCCACGCUGCAGAAAGACUCAGAAGCCGUGGCAGCCUUUUUAGAGACGACUGUAUCAGACCAGGGUGAUCCACCAAGUCAGUCCAUUGAAGGCUCCAUGUCGCCAGAGUCAGACGUUGACACAACCAGCACAGUAAGCCAGGCUGACGGAGCGAGAAAAGUAAUCCAGAAACGGCGGACUCUUGCAGGACAGCAGAAGGAGAGAACGGUAGUGUGCUCAUCCGGCAGAGGCCCCACCGGGGGCCGAGAGACCCAGGACAGGAGGGUUAAGACCAGGGCAUCUGGUCCUCCGAAGAGCAGUCGCCCCUGGACGUCCCUGGACCUCACUGAUGAUGACGUCAACUCCAACUCACUCCUCUCCGACUCCCAACCCACCUCCACGCAGGAAUCUAGAAGCUCGCAUACGAGGGCCCAGACAGGGAGCACAACAGUGGGGGCUAGCACCAAGUCUAGUCGGGCUAAAGUCACCCAGGUCACAGCCUCUUCUGCGGCCAGUAAAACCAGUAAUGUUCCCAAGCCCAGGCCCACCAGGUCGUCCCUGCUGAGGCGAGCCCGGCUGGGGGACUCCUCAGACACCGAACCUGCUGAGCUUGACCGGAUGUCGGUAGCCUCUGAGGCCUCCACCGCUAGUUCCGCAUCCAGGACUGGGAUGGCAAGAAGGGGAAUGUCCAGGAUAGAGGCUCUGGCACAGCCGAGGAGGCCAAGGGUGGGCUCCCCGUCAGCCCAGAGUGACUCAGAGGCCACUGUGACAAGGAGUAGAGGUCUGGGGCCUCGGAGUGCUGCAGGUGAUUACGCCAUCAGACAAGGACUGAGAGGAUCCAAUGUGACCUCAGUGUCUGGACCCAGAGCUCGGGCUAACAGCGCCUCUAAGCUGCCUGACAAGAAUAAAGGCACCUCCUCCUAUGCCGCACCUGCAUCUGGCACUCGGUGGCGCCGCGUGCCUGUGGAUUACGCCUCCACCUCAGAGGACGAGUAUGGCUCAAACCGCCACAUGUCCAAGCAGAGCCACGCACGGCUGUUCCCUUCCACUCGGGUAGCCCAGCUAGGAGGCUCAGCCCCGGCAACUCCUACUCCAGCAGGCCUAUCUGCCCUGAGGCAGAACUCCAGGGAGCAGGACGAGUACAUGAGAGACUGGACGGCACACAGCGAGGAAAUAGCCAGGAUUAGCCAAGACCUAGCCAAAGACCUAGCCAUGCUUGCCAGAGAAAUUCAUGAUGUGGCCGGAGAGAUCGACUCAGUCAGCCCUGCAGCCACUGACCCUGGAGCUCUGAUGGAGGAGCAUGUAUUUGAUGACGGCUUGGACCCGAGUGGUCCUUCUGCAGAGCACAGCAGCACUCUGGGAACCAACGGGCGGUCUGUGGAGCUUCGACCCCGAGUCUCGAGUGGACAGAGCUCCCGUUCCAUCCGCCGGCAGACAUGGAAUAGAGAUGAUGCGGUGCUGGACAGUUUACUACUAGCAUCUGUCACUCAGCUCUCAACGAGGAUACGUCAGUCUGUUGAUAAGACAACCUGCAAAAUCAGGAUCCUCUUCAAGGAUAAAGAACGAAAAUGGGAAGAGAUUGAGAGCAAACUGCAGGCAGAGCGCGACUCCUUACUACUCAAGAGCUCCAAUAAGGAGAUUUCAACCAUUAUUCAAGACCUGAGGAGAGUGGAAAGACAACUGCUCGUAAUCGACAUGAUGGUGGACCCAGACGGCACCCUGGAUGCCCUGUCCAAUAUGGGCCUGACCAGCCCUCUGACUGACCAGAAGAUCAGCCCUGGGACUCAGCCGGGAGUGUCGGUGUUGCACCCUGGAGCUGAAGUUCCCUCCAGCACACUCUCACGGCCUGAAGGACGAGCCACUGAAUCAUGCAGACCUUCAGACCAUCCAGGUGAGGUGGCAGAGCGAGACCCAGGGUCCCGACAGAGCCCUAGAUCCUACAACUGACACACCAAGGACAUAAUGCAGAAUGCGUCCUUUACGUUGGACAUAUCCUGACGGUGUGAGGUUAGAAGGUUUCAGACGAAAGAGGAAGGAGGAAGAAAAAUGAUGCCUGUUCGGUGGGAGAGCCUGACUGCCCUAACUGUCAAACAAGGUGACUCGUGAUCAGACUUUGUUAAAGUCCAACACUACCAAAUAGCAGCUCUUGUCAGAUAUACAAUAUGAAAACAUAACAGUAUUAAUUGGUGGGCUUAUGAAGACAUAAUAUACAGUAACCCAUCUGUGUUUUUGUGUUGCAAAUCAUCUUAUUAUCCAUUAUCCUUAAAACAGUUGAAAAAAGAACAGAUGUAAAAGAUGUUAAAGAUUCCAAAUUCUAAAUUCCUUUUUUUUACUGUUUGGUUUUUAUUACAAGCUGACUUAAGGCCAAUGCAGAGACCUAAACUAGAAAGGUGCAAAGGUGUCAAAAAAAGGAUUCAGCAGAGGUGCGUGUGAAAAGUGUUCUUCUAUCCUGCCAUAGAGUUAUUUAUAAAAAUAAAUAUAUUGUUGGCCUGUUGCAAUUGCAAUCCCCAAACCUGCCUCAGUGAUGAUUUUCCAACAGAAAAUGCCACGUUGCUUAUUUACUGGGGAAUGAACUGGGUAUGUACAGUCUGUACCAGUGUAAAUGUUUAUUAUAGUUAAAUUUAAAAAGUCCCAUCCAUGCCUUUUUCCUGUGGCGAUGUCAUUUGAAAUCAGUAUAUCAAAGAUAGACCCUGUGUGAUAAUAGAAACUAUCAAAUCAAAUGUAGCUCCCAGAAAGGUUUUCCUCUUCCAAAUGUAUUUUGUCACAAGUGCCCUGGAUCAAACAAUCAUUACAGUUGGAGAGUGUAGAGGAGACGGUGAGGUGGAGGUGAAAUUUGUUUUGCACAUUACAAAGCUGAUAUAUUAAGUACAUAUUCAUCUCUGAGGGGCCGGGACAUGACGUGCUCCUACGGCCCUCCUUUAUCACGUUGCUGUCCGCGACUGAAAAGCAAAGCAGGGUGAAAGCCAGCUGCCUGGAGAUGAACAAGUUUGUCAAGUUAUUUUCUGAUCACAAACAAAAUGUUGCGUUUGAACCAGCAUUGACGGGGGCUACCUCCACGUCCUGCAGCUGCGUUUUAUUGUUGACGAUGCAAUAGAACGAUGGACGGUGUAAUGACUGUAGGUUUUCCAGUGUCUUGCCUCAUACCAAUGUUUACACAUGAAUGUAACCUGAUCAGAACUGUUGAAACAUUUUAGCCAAAACAACUUGAAUAAAGGUUGAUAAUUGCAUUUUGUGCUCAGCACCUACUGCUACUUUGUCUUUAAUUCUGUUUGAGCAUUUGGAGAAUUUUCAUUUGGAUGUUUUGUAUGAAUUUUUUUUUCUUUGUAAUGAUGUUAGGUUAAACCUUGCAAUACCUGUGAAUUGUUUGUCUCAUUUCCAAUAAAAUGCAUGAUUAUCAUGA